GGGAGAAGGAACAGUAGGGCAAGGUCAGGUGCCUGGUCAGGCAGGGAGGUGAAGGUGAGAGACCUGCGCGCAGGGAUGGAGGAACAGUGAGGUGAGAAGGUUGUCAUCGAAAGCUUGUGGCGAUGGAGUAGCAGGAGAAGGACGAAGGGGGAGGGUCACGAUACGGAAUAAGGACGAUGAGAGGGUCGGGAUUUGUUCGGUCGGGACGGGGAUGGGGACGCAGCGACAGAGGAAGGAAAAGGAGACUCAGCACGAUAGCAUGAAGCCUGCGAGUUAUUUGUUGACAAUUUUUAAGAAGAUUGUUGUGUUUUGUCUAACGCAGGAACUGGCAGAGCAACGGAAGAAGUCAAAGCGAGUUAACUAUGAUCUUGAAAAGGAGGCAGUGCUUGUCUGGGAGAAGAUCCGGCGGAAGGGAGUGAAGGAGGAAGAACGCUCGAG